GCGUUUGCAAGUUCAAAGGAAACUGGAGGAGUGUAUUCAUUUUAUUCCAUCUGAUUUUCAAAGGAAACCGGCUGACAUAAGGAAUGUUGGAGGGUGUAAAGCAGCUGAAAGUCGCCUCUACCUUAUGUACUUAGGACCUGUCAUAUUGAAAAAUUCUCUUGACAAAGAGAGAUACAUUCACUUCAUGGAAUUAUCAAUUGCAAUGAGGAUAUACCACCAUGCAUCAUUCUGCGCUGAUGAUGGGACAAGAAAAUUUGCUGGAGAAUUACUGAGACAUUUUGUUUGGCGAUAUCCUCAACUGUAUGGAGAAAUUAAUGUUUCACACAAUGUUCACACUUUGCAGCAUCUUCCUGAUGACAUAGAGUGGUUUAAAGAAAGUAUUCCUGAUUUCACACUUAGUGAUAUUAGUGCCUGGGCACCAGAAAACUUUAACCAAGUUUUUCGCCGGUUCACCCGUGGAUAUUCCAAAACAUUGCAGCAAAACAUUAGAAGGCUAGGAGAACUUUUCCAAACAGAUUUUUGGCGCAAUAAAUACAAGAAAACAAGUGCAGUAUCAGAAGUUCAAUUUGAAAAUGAACACAAGUCUGGGCCACUGCUCAUUUCUCUCCAGGGGCAGCAGUUCAAGAAAGCAAGUUUCCCAAAUUUCCAACUGUGUGUAAAUCAGGCUGAUUCGACUUGUGGCACAGAAAGCGGUGAUGUAAUUGUUGUCUCAAACUUUGUCAGUGAUGCAAUCACAAAGGAAAAAUUUGUUGUUGGAAAAAAAUUUGAAUUAAAGAGUGAAUUUUUCAACGAGCCAUUGCCAGAGAGCAAGAGACUUGGGAUCUACAAAGUUGCAAGACUGUCAAGCAAAGUUGAUAAAUGGCCAGUUUCUUCUAUAACAUCUAAGUUUAUCAGACUCCCGUACGUAAAAGAUGAAACUAUCCCUCAACAGUUCCAGCAAAAACAAUUUGUCGUCCUUCCUAUUCUCCACUCUGAAGCUGGGCCGACCACUUCUUAAAUCCACCGUCUCGCUCAAGUCAUGAAAUCAGUAGUGAAACAGCCCAGCAAUGAACCCUUAUCUCAUUCAAGGAGGAUGGAAAAGACUGUUAUGAUGCCGUGCCAAGUAAAUGGGUCGAUGAUGAAAAUUCCGAAUGUGUGUAUCCAGACCCAGACAAGACGUCACUAAAAGAUCUUAAUUCUAUGGCUCUAAGGUGUGUUGAGCCCAGAUCCGAAGGUGCUUCGUGGAUCACGCUUAACAAUAUUCAAAUUAUUAAGCAACCGUACUGGAAUUUUGACAAGUGCCGUAAGGACAUGGUUCGGUUAACGAAUAAAAAAAGAACAGCCGAGGAAAGUGAAGCUGAAAGAGCAGGCCAAAAACGUCGAAGAGUGACUGACUACAAAAAACUGUCGCAACCCACAAUCGAUUUUCCAGUACUCACUGGUAAACCAGCUUCCAAAGCCAUCAACCAAAGCUUGAAAAACCAAAGUCAACAACCAGGUGAUGAUAAUAAUCUCUCCAGAAGUUCUUCAAAACAGAAGUCUUUCAGUCAGGAUCCUGGUCAGAAAUGUAGGUCUUCAACAAGUGGCAAAGGUAGUGAGAAAACACAUUCGGAUUCAGCGAAAACUUCCGCAAACAUCUCAGGAAAGUCUGUCAAACCCUCCAACAGUUCUAAGAACAAAGAUACUCCACCUAAAAGUAGCGCAUCACAAUCCGCAACAGAUGGAAAACUCCAAAUUUCUAAGGAAGCGUCUACGAAUGUUGACCCUAAAUCCUCAACAGGUGCGACAGGUUCAAAGAACAAAGUUACUCCACCUAAAAGUAGUGCAUCGCAAUCCGCAACAGAUGAAAAACUCAAAAUUUCUAAGGAAGCAUCUAGGAAUGUUCAUCCUACAUCCUCAACAAGUGCAACAGGUUCAAAGAACAAAGUUACUGCACCUAAAAGUAGCACAUCAAAAUCCUUAACAAGUGGAAAACUCCCAAUCUCAAAGGAAGCAUCUAGGGAUGUUGAUCCUAAAUCCUCAACAAGUGCAACAGGUUCAAAGAACAAAGUUACUCCACCUAAAAGUUUCACAUCAAAAUCUGUCACAGGUGGAAAACUCCUAAUCUCAAAGGAAGCAUCUAGGAAUGUUGAUCCUAAAUCCUCAACAGGUGCAACAGGUUCGAAGAACAAAGUUGCUCCAACUAAAAGUCUCACAUCAAAAUCCGUCACAGGUAAAAAACUCCUAAUCUCAAAGGAAGCAUCUGGGACUGUUCAUCCUACAUCAGCAAGUAGCGUAUCUUCAACAGGUCCAACAGAUACACCAUCAAAUUGCAAUAAGAAAGCUGCAAAAGUGUGCUGCCCGGCGCAAGGCGAUGACCACAAUUGUCCGUGGGCUGCAAAUGGGAGCAUUACUCUGGAAUCGCUGGCCCAAAGCGUCUGCCUUAUCUCAAGGUUUCAAGUUAUCUGUCACAAAGAGAUCAUGAAAAAGCUGGAGGAAACCCCUUCUACCGCUAAACAUGUCGCCCCCAGAAGAGUCAUCAAAGAGGAGGAUGUUGAUCUCAAACUCUUAGAAAACCUGCCUCUUGCGAAACGUAAACACAUGAAAGACCUAAAUGAGAAGCUGAAAUCUCCCACCGUCAAAGAUAAAUUUAUAACAACACUCAUCAGGAAAAAGGUUACCAAACCUCUGCUGUAUCCUAAUUACACUGCUCGUUGCGUUAUGAUUAACCUUAUAGCACCAUGCAAGACUGAACUGUUCACAUGGGACGGGAAAAAAAGAGGUGGCGUGGUCAAAAUAGGAUUCAAAAAAAUGGAAUUUAAGGAUGUUGUUUUUGAAAUUGUGAAGUACCAUCAUUACCCCAAUGAUUUGGAUGAAGGUGCCAUAGCCUUUUCUGUUGGGCAAUGGUUCUCUCAGGAGGCCCACAAGUUUAAAACCGCAUCGAAGGCACCAGAAGUGUCUAUAAUAGAAGAGCUUGAAGAAAGUGACGAUGAUAGCUCUGCCCAUGAGAGUGGUGAUGAUGGCCAUAACAGCCAUGAUGACGGCGAACAGACAAAUGAUAAUGAUUAAACCGAUAGUGACGGCGAACAGACAAAUGAUAAUGAUGAAACCGAUAUUGACGGCGAACAGACCAAUGAUAAUGAUGAAAACGACAAUGACAGCGAACCAAAAGACUGUGAUGAUGGUAGUGAUGGGGACACCAUUUUAGAGAUUACCAGAACUAAUUCUCAAAAGAACCUCGAGGACAGUCCAUCACUUAUAUCCAACAAUAUGAUGACUGAUAUGUCUGGAGGCGAAGACUCAUCUGAUGUGAUCUAGGAAUCGUACCAACCUAUCGUACCAAUUGCUCCAACCUACUUUUUCUUUUAAAGUGUAUUUAGUGUAGUUUUCUUCUAGAAUUUCAAUAUUUCAAUUUUAACUGCAUUUUCUAAGUUUUUCAACUUUUAUCUGACAAUGACAUUUUAUUAUUAUUCCUAACAUUUAAAAUGUAUUCCUUUUUAAAUGUAUUCCUUCUUGCCCAGGGUGUUGUUUGUUUUCAAACUCAAACUGGGGGCUCUCUGCGUACCCCGAUUUUUCCCGAAGUUUAGGAAAAGCCUAUUGACAUGCAGUUCGGGUGACAUGAAAUUUAAUGUUAUUAUUAUCCGCGAAAGCUUUCUUUAAUUUAUCAUAGUCCUUUUUACUUUUUACAAUAACCUUAAUUUGAGAUGUAUUCACCAUUUGCAUUUUGAUAUCAUUUACAAUCGGAUCUAAAAGUUGCUUUUUGAAUAAAAUUGGAUUUCCUGUAUCUGAAACAAAGAGUGGGGGAGGAGGAAAAGGUUUUUCUUCCUCAUUCUCUGGUGCACUAAACUUUUUCAUAGAAUUUAAUUGAGUCUGUUUGACAGUAACAUUAUCAAUUACAGCCUUAGGCUGAUAAUUAGUAUUUCUUUUGUAAUUUAUACAAAUAAAUGAAUUCUAAAAUUAAAAAAAAAUAUUGUAUACUUUCAUGCAAACAUUUAA